AUAAUUGCUUUUGUCGGACAAAUAGUUGGGUAGACUUUACUUAUCGUGAUUUAAGCCAGAAUAUAUCCCCUUCUUGGAAAUGGCCUUCCACCAAAAGUUUGUUAACUGGAUUUCGCGGUCGCUGAGCCUCCUUUACGGUGUGUCAAAAUCAAAUUAUGCGAUUCUAGCCAUAAAAGCCCCAACUAUUCGCAACACUCGCAGUAUCAGAGCUUAAUUGGCAGAGUGUUAAUUGGGUUUUGGAGCACUUUCCGCCAAACCGGUUGGAAAUACCCCAAAAAAAACAACGAUACGAAAAAUAGUGAGCAGAGCAGGCAAUUUCUAGUUUCGAGAGCAUUGACAAAAAUUGGAAAAUGUCUCUCUGGCUAGCUGGGUUGAUUCAGCUUCAGCACGAAAAUGGAUGACUCCCGGAAAGGCCGGGAGAAGGACGACGCCGAGGCGGGUCCCCAGCGGGAUACUGAUGCCUCCGAAGAGGCUGUUGAGGAGCGCGAGCCGCGGGUGAGGAUGGCGACGCAGACAGACAGGAAGCCUACCUAUGUCUCUCAGGCCACCGGGACCAGUGAUGAUCCCUUUCCACGGCGCAAGAAAAAGAAGCCGAUUCGACUGCCGCCGGGAACGAAAAUUCCACAGACCCCACAAACCUCAAUGGAUUCCAUGGACUACUACCAGCCCGCGAGUGAACCCUCGAGUCGGUACUCGAGUCAGUCCACGAGUCAGCCCUCUAGUAAGUCCUCGAGGUCGGAAAAGACGAGUUCGGAAAAAUCUCAAGACGUCCGGCGGAGAAACGCAAGCACUUCCGAAGAGGAAGUAGAAGUGGAAAUCCGGGCGGAUCGGUAUAGUAGGCAGGACAUUCUACGUAGCAGAUCCCUAGAGGAUAGGCGGUCCACCAGCCAAUCUGCCAGGCAAACGAGUAUAGAUAUUGAAGAAAGGGAUACUGUUUAUGGUUCCCGCGAGUGGCACGCGUCGAUCGAGACAUUAAAUAUGGACACCGAGGGCUGGGUGGCAGGGCUAACGGGCUUCAUCAGUACCGCCAUGGCCAUCGUUCUGAUAAUCAUAAUCUCAUGGUUCAUCAUCAAGCAACUGGACUUUAUCAUGUGGGUAGUGACCUUAUGCGCCAGGGCGUUCGAGGAAGCCUUGAGUAUUUUCCACGAUGGUAAAGGUACCAAUCUCAUUGAUAGCGAGAAGCUCUCAAUCCCUGCCAAGGAGCCCCCGGAUUGAGAAUUUAGGA